UUUUUCUUUGAUAUGUUUGGUUUGAAGUAUUCAACACGUUUUACCACUUAUUUAAAACAAUCCAAUCAUUUAUUGAAUCUGUUUUCCCACAUAUCAAAAGACACUUGCCUUGUUCAUUCUAAGAUACGUUAUUUCAGCCACAACAUGGGCUUACCCCUUUGUGAUGUGAUUAAAAGACUACAAGAGUUAGCUCCUUUGAAACUAGCUGAAGGUUGGGACAAUGUGGGACUAUUGGUGGAACCAACCUCCAACACAAUUAUAAACACUGCGCUGCUUACAAUCGAUCUCACUGAAGACGUCGUAGAAGAAGCUAUUGAAAAUAAAGCUGGGCUGAUUAUUUCCUAUCAUCCUAAUAUAUUUAAGCCUCUCAAACGAGUCACACAGAGCCACUGGAAAGAACGGAUAAUCUCUAAGUGCAUAAGAAGUGACAUAGCAGUGUUCAGCCCCCACACUUCAUGGGAUGCAGUGGAAAAUGGAGUAAAUGACUGGUUAGCAUCUGCUUUCAAUUUAAGAUUCAGCAAGCCAAUUGUGGAGAACUCUGAUGAUCCAACAGGAAAAUCUGGAGUUGGGAGAAUAAUAACGAUGGCCGCACCUUCACCUCUGAACAAAAUAAUUGAGGAUGUCAAAAAACAUAUUGGCAUUCCUCACCUCCGAGUAGGCUUGGCAAAACAUCAGGAUAUGGAUACAAUUAUUUCAUCGAUAGCUGUUUGUGCUGGUUCAGGAGGAUCUGUAUUAAAUGGAGUUAAAGCAGAUUUAUAUCUAACAGGAGAAAUGUUACAUCACGAUGUCUUAGAAGCGACUCAAAAUGGAAUUAAUGUCAUUUUGUGCAAUCACAGUGACUCAGAAAGGGGAUAUCUCAAGAAUUUUCAGCAAAAAAUCCAGUGUCAAUCAUUGAAGGUGAUCGUUUCUAAAGUUGAUAGGGACUGCCUUGUAACUGUGUAAUUUUUUAUUAAAAUACAGCAAAACGUCAA